AUGAGGGUCCCCGCCGCCCUCCCUGGCUGGGCUUGUGUGGCCCUCUGCCUGGUGUCCUGCUCAUCUGCCUUCUCCCCCGGGGCCGGCUCGGGGGCCUGCGUGGACAUGCAGCCCAAGCACAGCCCCGCGCACCCUCAGAACCCGAGGACUCACCCCAUCACCCUUCUCACUGGCAGGUCUUCCUACUCACCAGGUGACACCAUUCCAGUGACUGUGAAGAGCAGUCGUGAUUUCAUGGGAUUUCUACUUCAGGCCCGAAGAGUGUCGGAUCAUCAAAUAGUGGGCACUUUUGUUUUCAUUCCUCCUCAUUCCAAACUGAUGACUUGUUUUGAAGAGGCCAACAGUGUCACCCACUCGGACAAGUCCCGGAAGAGACACCUGUCAUUCGAGUGGCAGGCCCCCGCCCAGCCCGUGGGGGACGUCAGGUUCCUUUUAUCAGUCGUCCAGUCAUAUUUUGUUUACUGGGCAAGGAUUGAAUCAUCUAUUGUGUCUCAACAGACACACAGCAGAGCCCAUUCUGACAGCCACAUGGAGCCCGGUUCACGGAUGCCAACCCCCAGGCAGAGGCCGGAGGGUAUGGAAGGAACCCCACCAGCCCCAUUCCUCCCCACUGCUCCUCCUCAGCAGCGCGCAGGUGUCUCUGUUGUGACCUUACUUGGAGCCGCAGAAGAGGACAGCUUAGAUCCCGCUCCUGCCAGCGUCUGGGCGACCGAGUUUCUUGAGGGUCCAGAGACUCUGUUCCAACCAUCUUCACACACAGCUGCUGUAGUCAGCGAUGGCCAGCAACCCCGCGGGGACAGCAGCCCAACCCUAGAACCAUCCCUGGACAUCCGUGGGCUGGAGAGGCUUGUGGCCCUUGGGAGAUUCUCUCCAGAGAACCUUGCUUCCAGCCCUGGCCCUCACCACAGGCCUCAGAAUGACCCAAGCUUUGAUUCAUUGGAAACUUGCCUGCCCACGGAUGGAGGGGAACAGGACAAGAUGAAGGCCUCUAAUAGGACCAUAAUGAGGCCUCCUCUGCACACUGUCCAUCUUACCCGUCCUCGCCUCUGGUCCUCUGAAGCACUCACUGGGAAUGGGGCUGACCCUACAACCCCUGUCUUCCACGUCCCUGCCAUGUCCAGGCCACCCACUGCCGGUGGCCAGUCAAAGGCAUCCAGGCCCUCUGCUAGCUUCUUGCCUCAGUCAAAGCACAAGGAGCGAAGAGUCGGGGAGGGCAACAGAGAAGCUGGCGUGGGACACCCCAGGAAGACCAACCCAAGGCCUGAGGUUGGGCCAGAUGAAGCCAGUGCCCCUUGGGGGAUCCAGCUCCGGAUCCCGCAGCUGGGAAUCCUGCUUGGCCUUUCGGCCACCUUGGGCAUGGCCAUGGCCGUUGGCCUUCGCUACCUGUACACCCAGUAUUGCCACAGGCGGAUGGAAGUGUCCUUCAGGGAACCUACAGGGGAUGCGGUUGCCAGGAGUGACGGUGGCGAGACUGAGCAUGUCAGGAGGGUGGGAGAGAGCAGCCUUGUUUGGGCUGAAGCGGAAUACGACAGCACCCCUCCCUCUGUGGGCACCAGGAAAAUAAUCCUCUGA